ACUAUGCCAGACCAGAGUCAAGGCAUAGCAACCAAAACAAAACUAAAAUUAAAUAAGUGUGUCAGUGUCUCCGCGUUUUUUUAUGCAGCGAAAAUGUAGCGUAAAUGACGUCACAAGCAGCAACCGCUGCAUGUCGCUGCAUGGCAUUUUACAAACGCUUGUCGCUGAAGCAAAAUGGACGCUGUCCCUUGUUCGCUGAUUUCAGUUUUAGAAAGUAACAUAUUAUUUAAAGAAUUACAAGAGAAUAAAAAAAGGAGGUAUGAAAAUUUAAUGGUUGGCAUCGCUGUUUCCAAUGAACGUAAAAAAUCUAAGCGACAGAAGAUACGAAAUUACGUUGAAGAGGUCGUACCUUCAUAUUCUAUGGAUGACUUCAAAUCUCAUUUUAGACUCACAAAAAGUUCAACAGAAGAAGUUAUAAAAUUAUUAAAUUCAAAGAGAGAAAUGAAAGUAAAAAAAGGACGACCUCUUAUUUCUUCUACAAAGGAAGUAUUAUUGAGUAUUUGGACUCUUGCUAACCAAGAAUCAUUUAGAGGUAUUGGAGACAGAUUUGGUGUCAAUAAAGGUCAUGCACACACAAUCUUUAUAGACUUCUGCCAAAAAAUGUGUCGUAUGAUUGGCAAGUUUAUUACAUGGCCAAAUGAUAACUUGGAAAGAACAGUUUUUAAGUUUGAAGAAUUACGUUCUGUUUCAUUGCCUGGAGUAAUUGGGUGUGUUGAUGGAACACACAUAUAUAUAAAAGCUCCAAAGGAAGACAGCCAGAGUUAUUACAACAGGAAAGGAAGGCACUCUAUCCUGUUGCAAAUAAUUUGUGAUUCUGAAAUGCGAAUUAUUGAUGCAUUUGUUGGUUGGCCUGGUAGUGCCAAUGAUUCUCGGGUUUGGCAGCAGAGCCCUAUUUAUAAUAGGUUUUUAAACGAAUCUUCAAGGUAUUUAGGAGAUAAGUAUUAUUUACUUGGAGAUUCAGCGUAUCCAUUAGAUACAUUUUUAAUUGUACCAUAUAAAGAUUAUGGUAAUCUUACUGUAAAACAGAAAAAUUUUAACAGAAGACACAGUUCUAUCAGAGUUGUGGUAGAACAAACCAUAGGUCUGCUAAAAGGGCGAUUCCGUCGUCUGAAAUAUUUGGACAUGGAAAACAUUUCAUCAAUGUCAAAAGUCGUAAUGACAUCAUGUAUAUUGCACAAUUUAUGCAUUAAUCAAGGUGAUAUUGACUGUACAGAGGAUGCAUUUGUUGAUGAUUAUAAUGAACCUGCAGAAGACCCAAUUACAAGAAAUCGUACAGCUGCAGAAGUAAAACGUAAUCAAUUAGCAGAUCUAUUGAUGCAGAAUUGAAAUGUUUAUUGAAAAUAUAAUUUACAAUUGUCUUGUAGUUAAAUUAAUAAAUGUAGAGAAUAGUUUUAUACAAUCUAUUGUCAGUGUUCUUAAUAAGAUGUUUAUCACAAAUUCACUCAUCUAUCAAUUGAAGGGCUCCCUAUAGAAACAUUACAAACAACAAAUGUCUUUUUUACCAAGAAGCUAAAAAUUGUUUCAUUCUUUUUCUACAUUCAUAUUUUAAAACUCGCUUAUUUACACUUGUUGACUAAGAUUAUUUAAAUUCAAAAGUAGGGAAAACUCAAUUACUUUUAUUGAACAUUUUUUUCCUUAUUUUGGUCUAAAAACAAGUAUAUUCUUAGACAGAAUUAGAUAACCUAAUAAAUAGGGUAUAACAAUUGCAGGGCUUAUCACACCAAUUGUUAUACCCUAUUUAUUAAGUCUAAUUUAUAGUCGUGGGUUAAAAGCAUUUUUUAUUAUUAUAAGUAUAUUCUUAUUGAAUUAAAUUUUUACAGAAGUAUGUAAUGCGUUUGUAGUUUUACACAGAGGCCAUUAAAGACAAUAAAUUGGGCUAAGAUUCAAAAUACUCAACAUUAUGUCAUACUGAUGAACAAAAGAAGAAAAUACAAAACGAGGCAUUUUCUAUGGCUGAAUUAAAACUGGGAAUCCAAGAAAAAAGUUCUUAAAAAAACAGCCAUUGAGAGCUUGUAUGGAGUGUGAGAAUAGAGUUCUCUUGCCAUUUUUUGAAUAAAUUAAACACAAUAAUGCUUUAUUAAUAAAAAAGCAGUUUUAGAGAUUUAUUUUGUUAGUAAAAAUGGCAUUAAUUUUGUAAGGGCCCCUAAGUUUUCUCCUGACCCAAGGAAAAAUUGCAUUUCCUAUUGAGUCCUGUACAAAAAGAAAGGAAUCAACAAUGAAGCUUAUGUAAUAAAAAGUUUGAUUUCUUUUUUUUAAAAUAAUAUGCAAGUCUCAGAAAAGUAAUA